AUGACACAUUCGUCAAUUCUCAGCGAUCUACGCGUCCUUCCGUUGGCCGAGUCAUUUGCGUUGACGGAGGCCUACAAUCUCGAUACAUUCCCGGAAAAGGUCAAUCUCGGGCAAGGGGUCUACCGCGAUGAACAAUGCCAGCCUUGGAUUUUGCCCAGUGUUCGAAGUGCAGAGGAGUUCCUGCACAGGCAACAUCUCAACCACGAGUAUCUUCCAAUACCAGGAGCCGCUGAAUUCACCAAAGAGGCUCGGAACUUGCUUUUCAGUCCUCAAUUGGCCCAGAACGAAAAUAUAACCAGCGUACAAACAGUCGCUGGAACAGGCGCGAACCACCUUGCUGCGCUAUUCUGUGCUCGCUAUCUGCGCCCCAAAAAUGUAUUUAUUUCCGAUCCCACUUGGGACAAUCAUCAUCUUAUCUGGGAGACUGCCGGGCCGGAUAUCAAGCGCAAGCUAUACCCCUAUUAUGACCCCUUAACGCGGUCACUCAACUUCGACGGCAUGAUCGCCGAGCUAGAAAACUCCGCAGAAGAAAACGACGUUGUGAUCUUACACGCUUGUGCCCAUAACCCAACAGGCAUUGACCCGACACAUACACAAUGGAAGAAAAUCGCGGACAUUGUUGCAAAAAAACGUCUCUUUGUGGUUUUUGAUAGUGCAUAUCAAGGCUUUGCGUCAGGCGAUCUGGAUGCUGACGCCUGGGCUAUUCGAUACUUCUACUCGACUUUUUUCGGAGACGCCUCCUUACCAAUAUCGGCUACUCCGGCAGGCAUGAUUGUCUGCCAGUCUUUUUCGAAGAAUUUUGGACUGUACGGUGAGCGAAUCGGAGCAUUACAUCUUGUCACCCCACCUUCCGUUUCACCUCAGGGUGCAUAUACACACCUAGUUCGACUGAUCCGAGCGGAGAUAUCCUGUCCUUCUCUUUUUGGCGAGCGUUGUGUGCACAUUAUCCUGACAGACCUGGAGCUUCGCUCGAAGUGGGAAGAAGAUGUGAAAACCAUGGCGUCACGAAUCCAGCGGGUGAGGAUGUCAUUAAAGUUAGAACUGGAGAAUAUUGGUGUGCAAGGUAACUGGGAUCAUAUCGAGCGCCAGAUUGGAAUGUUCAGUUAUACCGGUUUGUCGAAGACCCAGGUCCAUCGACUGAAAGAGGUUCAUCAUGUCUACAUGUUGGAGAAUGGGCGAAUGAGCUUGAGCGGGUUGAAUGAAAACAACGUGGCAUAUGUAGCCCGCGCAAUCAAGGAUGUGGUCGAUCGGGAUUAG